CACCACGAACAUCAUUUACUGCUGAAUCGAGGCUAGCUUCUCUCCUCCGUUAUUAUUAGAAGCCUUUGUCACGGGGCCAGUCUAGGUUAGGUGAUGUCACCAGUGUCACAUGCUCACCCGCGAUCGUGCCGUGACACCUCCACGCGGGUAUAUUGAAUCCCCAGUUUCUUUUGAAAUCUCCACCAUCCGACGUCGCACUAUGUCUUGAAACAUCUCUCCUCAUGGACGACUUCACUGCAGAGAUGUUCGCUUCUGGGCGCAACCUUGACUCCCCCGAGAGCUCAAGCCAGCGGCCCAACAAUGACCAUAACGAUAACGAUGACAAGCAGCCCGAACCGAAGGCUGAAUCAAGCUCUCAGAAAACGGGCCUACGUGGAGGGUUUGCUGCUAUUCGCCAGAAAGCUAGCUUGCAGGACCGAUUGGUAGAAAAACUUCUUCAGCAAGUUAUACCCACGGAUAGCGAUGACCAAACCGACGUUCACUUCGCCGGUGAUGAACAGACAGCUACUCGUACCGAGAGGCCGAACUUCAAUAUCACUACUAUGUCCUACAAUUUCCGGCGUUUCAAUGCUCGAAUAGGCGUCGUCUUUAAGUUCCAGGCUCGUGUCGAACGUAUUCUAUCCUGGAAGCGCGCAUCGCAUACUCUGUCACUCCUCGCCGUCUAUAGCUUUGUCUGCCUGGAUCCCUAUCUCCUGUUCGUGCUGCCUAUUGCCAUCCUUCUUUUUGGUGUCUUCAUCCCCGCGUUCCUGGCACGGCAUCCAGCACCGCCCAAGGGAACCUUGUCGAGUGAACAGAAUGUUGGAUAUUCUCCCCAGGGACCACCUUUGGCACCUGCGGCGACAGUGAAACCCGUCAAGGAACUCAGCAAGGACUUCUUUCGGAAUAUGCGCGACCUACAAAACUGCAUGGAUGACUUUAGUCGGGGACAUGACGAGGUCGUCGCCCUACUUGUACCCGUGACGAAUUUUAGUGAUGAGGCUCUCAGUUCUGCUCUAUUUUUAUUUCUUGCGGCCGCAGGCAUCUUUAUGACCAUUGCGGCCCAACUCCUACCCUGGCGCUUCAUAUUCCUUCUCGGCGGUUGGGUUAUCGUAGGCAUGGGUCAUCCGCAUGUCGCCCGCCUCAUCGCUGCCGCUCAUCGAGAGCGUCUACAACCACAAGAGGCCAAAGCUCGGUCAUGGUUAGACAACUGGAUAAGCUCAGACGUUAUCCUCGACUCCAGUCCUGAAACGCGAGAAGUGGAAAUCUUCGAGCUACAGCGCAAAACCUCUGGUGGUGGCGAAUGGGAGCCUUGGCUUUUCAGUCCUUCACCCUACGAUCCUUUGUCACAGCCUCGAAUCGCAGGUGAACGACCACGUGGCACACGCUUCUUUGAGGAUGUUAUGCCACCCGAAGCGUGGGAAUGGAGCGAGAAGAAAUGGGCUCUAGACCUUUGGAGUCGUGAAUGGGUAGAGGAACGUAUUAUUACAGGCGUUGAAGUUGAGACGGAAGGCGAGCGUUGGGUUUAUGAUAUAUGGGAUGAGCGAGAUGGGCGUACGGGUGUUGUGGACGUUCCUAUCAACGAGAAAGGGAAACAGAAGGCAACACCGAAGCCAAGCUGGGAGGAGAAUGAAGAUGGUAGUGGCCGGAGAGGAGACUGGAGACGGCGACGAUGGGUCAGAUUGGUGAAGCGUAAGGCGGCUCCAGCGCAGCCAAAUUGAUCUGAUACGUCUCUGCAAUAUUGUGCUCUUGCUCUGGUUCUUCAUAUUAUGCAAGGCGUUGGUCGUGGGCAUGAGAUAAUCUACACAAUUGUGGCCCAAUAUGGGCAUUUUGGCAUAAGAAUCAACAUGACAUUCGGAAAUUACAUUAUUGAG